AUGUCGCACGAAAAGUCCGCCUCGCGUAGUGGCUCGUCGAGCCAGCUCCCCCCGGAGCUCUCCGACGUCCAGUGCUUCACCGACACCAAAGGCGUCAUCACAACAACCAUGUUCGACGUCCCCGGCUACCGCGUCACCAAAGUCUUCGGCACCGUCUACGGCAUCACCGUGCGCUCGCGCAACUGGGCCGCUGGCCUCGGGAUGGUGCUGAAGAGUAUUGCCGGGGGCGAGCUGCGGUGGUUUACGAAUAUGGUCUGUCUCCCCCCUCUGGAUUCGGGUCUAGGUCUAGGUCUACGUGUAGACGCAUGGGCUGGGCUAAUGUGGGUUUGUGCGUAUGGCACCGCUUGUCUCGUGGAGAAGGUUGAGCAGGAUGAGGAGUUGCCGUUGUAUCCGCAGUUGUUUCCGCAUUGA